GAUGAUCUUAACAAUUCUGGGACAGUGCAAACUAAGCACGAAGCCUCAUCAGAAUCAUUUCGAGAAUAUUUUCUAUUACGAUGACGAAUAUUACUAAGUAAACCACAAUAAAAGAUUAGAACCAUCUGCAUGUAUCCAAAGUUUAUUGGAAUGCCAAUUUCAAUAAGCGUCUAAAAGACGUGGACCCCAGAUAUCUGUAUUACAAAGAUGGAGACAUCAAAAGAUACACAAAAUACGAUAAAAUAGGACAAGGAGCCUUCUCUCAAGUUUUCCUUGGACUUCGAGAUGACAAUGAGAUGGUGGUAAUGAAGGAACUAAAACCUAUGAAAUGGUAGGCAAUCAACAGAGAAAUUCAAGUGUUGAAAGCUAUCAAGGGGACAACUAAUACACUAUAGUUGAUUGAUGCUAUUAGAAAUUAAAAUAAGAAACAAAAUGCUACUUUUAUUUAUUAAUAUUUGAGCAGUGUGAAUUUACUGCAUCUAUUUGGGAAACUGGAAUUACCAAAGAUUAAAUUAUACAUGUACUAAUUGCUAAAAGUAUUUACAAUACUUAAAAGGCUCUAAAUUAAGUACAUAGCAAGGGAGUAAUGCAUAGGGAUGUCAAAAUGGCGAAUAUCAUUAUUAAAGAAGAUGAUACACUCUACCUAAUUGAUUGGGGUUUGGGAGAGUUCUACCAUCCAAAAAAGAGAUAUAACACUAGAGUGGGAACUCGUUAUUACAAAGCUCCAGAAUUGUUAGUCAAUAAUAAACAAUACGAUUACAGUGUUGAUAUGUGGGCCUUUGGUUGUACAUUAGCAAGCAUGAUAUUUCAAAAGUAACCUCUAUUCAAAGGAAAAGAUGUCUAUGAUUAACUAGAUAAGAUUGUUGCCGUUUUGGGAACUGAAGAUCUCUUAAAAUACUUGGACAAGUAUGAUCUCAUCUAUCCCGAUCCACCCAUGUAUAGAUAUAUACAUUUAUUAGUCAUUCCUAAAAGCCUUUCACUAUUUAUAUAGAUCCUGAGAAUGCUCAUUUAGUUACAAAGGAGGGCUUGGAUCUGAUAAGCAAAUUGUUGGUUUAUGAUCAUAAAUUAAGACUCACUGCAGAAGAAGCUAUGGCACAUUCUUUUUUUGAUGGCUAUCGAAUAUGA